AUGGCUACCAAAGCCCACUGCGCCUACGUGUUCGAAUGUCUAGCAGCAGCCUUCGAAAAGCAACAACCGCUGAGCCUAGUGAAAGUCGAGCAGCUAUGGUACCACUAUCACGCGACCAAGGUUGAUGACGAGGACGACGUAGAAGGCGGCGGCGAAGACGAGAAUGAAGAUGAAAGUGACGAAGAGGAGAUGACAGAAGCAGAGACCAACGAUUCACCUCCAAUUCGUCCAGCAGCUGUUUCGCGCUUACAGAACAAGGGCACCGAUUCAAGCGCGACGAGCUCGAAUAGCAGUCUUCCCUUAUCGACCAACUCUACCUCAUCAUCGACGCCAAGUAGUAGGCAGUCGGGCUCUGGCAUUACCACGCCAGCAAGCUCAAGAACUUCGCUUGGGUCCACCGCGAAUGGGCGACCACAGCGACGAGAGUUCCCGCUGUUCGUGACAUGGAACACAGUAUCGCGGAGCGGCUACAAGAGCUUGCGAGGCUGCAUAGGCACGUUCGAAGCACAAGAGCUUGAGUAUGGACUACAUUCAUAUGCACUGACCAGUGCCUUCGAAGACAUCCGCUUCUCGCCCAUCCCACCUACACUCCUCUCGAGCCUCAGCGCACACGUAACCCUCCUCAACAACUUCUCGCAACCCACCAAAGACCCCUUAGACUGGACAAUAGGCAAGCACGGGAUCCGGAUAUCCUUCACGAUCAAUGGACGACGAUACGGCUCAACAUAUCUCCCCGAUGUAGCGAAGGAGCAGGGCUGGAACCAGGAAGAGGCGAUUGUGUCGCUGAUGAGGAAAGCCGGAUGGAAUGGCAGCAGUAGCAGUUGGGCGAAGACAUGGAAGGAUGGGAGGGGUGAGCUGGUGCGGUAUGAAGGGGAGCAAGUCGGGUUGGAGUAUGCUGAAUGGAAGGAGUGGAAGGAGUGGGUGGGCUGA